AUGACACAUAGACACUCACAGCGGCUGCCACAGUUGGACGGAGUGGAACAAACCAACUCGAAUUCUACCAGCCCUCAGCCUAAUUCGCUAAAGCACACCUCCCCAGUUACUGCGGAUGGGUCUACUUUCAGUUCUUCGAGCUCUGCGCUUUCCCCACAGGGACCCGAUUUCUGGAAUAGCCGUGAGUGGACGGCUCUAACAGCACGAACUCAGGCACUCCUUAAUUCUGAGCCCCACAACAGGAGCAUGCAAGCCCCCUCAGUUUCUCACAACUUCUCCCCAGAAAUGGAGCGACCGUCUACUAGUACCUCAGCUGUCACUUUGCGCUCAACACGAAAGUGCCGCAAAUGCGCCUGCCCCAAUUGCACCUCUGAGGCUUUGGGUCUCUCUGCCAGAGUAAGAGGUCGCAAGGUCCACAUAUGUGAGCUCUGUGGCAAAACUUACGGCAAGACCAGUCACCUGACAGCCCACAUUCGGUGGCACAAGAACGAGCGUCCCUUCAAAUGCCCCUUUCAGCACUGCGACAAGGCCUUUACGCGCUCCGACGAACUCCAACGUCACAUGCGUACCCACACAGGAGAUAAGAAGUUUCAAUGCGAAUUCUGUCAGAAGCGUUUCAUGCGAAGUGACCACCUAAGCAAACAUCGUAAAGUGCAUGCUGUGGCAGCGCCCCUAAUUGUGAGUGGACGAAGGGAGGCGUCAGGGUCGGUUACCAGCCCUACCUCGACAUCAGACACCACUUCCCCAGACAACGGUCUCAUGACCGACGACAUGAUACAGCUCCCUUUUUCGAGCGGCAAAACGGGCAUAGGAGGUGUUUCCUGA